AUGAUGUCUAGAUUGUCUGCCAUGCAGGCAUCUAAUAGAUUACGGACAGCUCUUCUGGAGGGAAAGAAGGCAUUUGGCGCCUGGCAGAUGCUUCCCGGCGCAAACGUGUCGCGAGUAUUAGCAAGGUCAGGAGUUGAUUGGGUCUUGGUAGACUGCGAGCAUGGGAACUUGGAUGGCCUGACAUGUCAAGAUGGUGCAAUGCACGAUGCCGUCCCUGCAAUUGCGGCUUUAGGGGUUUCGCCCAUUGUGAGACUGCCCGAUAUGCAAGGAUGGAUGGUAAAGCGUGCACUCGACAGUGGAGCUCACGGCACAAAGAUUGUUGUGCCUUUGCUGAGGACGCCUGAAGAAGCCAGACAACUCGUGCAAUCUGCCAAGUUUCCGCCCCUAGGCCGUCGAGGUUUCGGGUCACCAAUCGCUCCAGAGCGAUUCCACCCUGAGCCGAGCUUCUCAGAGUAUCUUCAGCAAGCAAAUGAUUCUCUCUUGACCAUUGUUCAAAUUGAGACCAAGGAGGCACUUGAGUCUAUCGACGAGAUUGCUGCCGUUGAUGGCAUUGACGUGUUAUUCAUUGGACCGUUCGAUCUUGGAAACGCGCUCGGCCACCCCAUUAUCGAAGGAGUCAUGGCCACGGAACUGAAAGACGCCAUUGCCAAGAUCCUGGCUGCGGGUCAGAGAGCAGGCAAGAAGACAGGCGUAUACUGCACAGGGGGUGAACAGGCAAAGAUAUACGCUGAUCAAGGGUUUGACAUGAUGAAUGUAGUAACUGAUUAUACAUCCUUGGGCCUGGUAGCCAAAGAGCAGCUCAGCUUCGCUGAUGGAAGCUUGGCACCAACCAGAGGAAAGGGAUAUUGA